AUGCCACCUGUGCGAGUCACUCGCGAGACAAAGACCAGCACCGCUCGUGCUUCUCGAGGCAAUGCUCGAGACAAGGCACAAACAGCAGUUACUGACGCCUGGAGAGCCUCCUAUGAUCGACAUGUGCCCGAGAGGGAUCACAAUGACCUUCAAGGGAUGAGAGAGGAUAUCAUUCGCGUAGUCCGUGAAGAUUGGAAGAGCAGAAACAUGGGGACUUUGAACGUCGACGGACGCAUCAAGCACUGGCUUCAUGACCCGAUCAAGAUUCGUGCUUUCCAUGCCAUGGCGCGCGACAGCCUCAGCUUCCAGCCAGCAGAGCAUGCAUGCUUCGUUGAGAAUGGGCAUGGGCAGUUCUACAUCAAGACAGACCAUCGGGCCUUGACUGGGGGCCUUCUGGAUGAGCACCUCCAGAAACACCCAGGUGAUCAACGAUGGAUCGAGCUCCUGCGCGGCCGCGGCUCCAGUGGCACAGUCAAAUAUGCUGGCGCCGUUCACCGGCUUCUCGAGUCUGGCCCACAGACUCGCAAUGAAGAAGAUGCUCGCAAGGCCGCGACGACGACGUUAAAGACUCGCUGGCUACGCGAGGGAUGGCGAGUGUAUGCGCUUGUAGACGAUCUACCCGAUGUCGACGUUCUUGGAUGGCGUCAAUCCAGCUCAGAGCAGGAUGCGGAGAGAUUCCUCAUCAGCCUUCUUGGUCCGCUCUCGGCAAACUCUGCAAGAGGCGGCCUUCACCUGCGCUACACACCUCCAUCCCACCUCAGAGCGGCCGCACAGGAUCUCCUCAGCGCAGCGCAAGUACCCAACGGACGCCCACCCCUUUCCCCUCGCAAUCACCGCAUCAAGCAGCUCUUCCGUGAGCAUCAUCUCGCCGUGUCUCCUCAUGCUCCCCCUGGUCCAGCCCUUGAGCGCGCAAUCGACAUGGCAGCAAGGUCGGGGGACUCGCGCUCAGUCAUUCUUCUCAAGGACAUUACCCAAGAAGAUCUGACUAACACAGCAGACGACUAUGGCUUCCUUGGGAUUGGAUGCGGCCAAGGCCCUGAGAGGGCUCAACGCAUCAUGACCAUGCUCGACUUUGCCUCGGAGGAGCAAGUCUAUGACGGCGUUCAUCGCAUUCACAACCCACCAGCAAGCAGCCGUCGUGCCUUUAUCGACUUUUGGCCCUUCUCUUUGGAGCGCACGACACCAGCUUUGCACGUGGUGAUGUGUCUGCGAGUCCUAUUCCAGCUCGACGCCAAGGUUGUUCGGAUCACCUCUUCCGAAGUCUUGUACUUCAUGCGCUCAAAUCUCGACGAGAUCCUCAAGGAGAUCAGCCAGACCAUCGGCACUGAAGUGGCAUUCAAGGUCAUCACUGGGAUCCUCCCAUUAUCGACUCUUCCGGACGCAAUUUGCAGUCCAGCAGCAGUCCUCAACGUCAGGCUCCUGCGCGAGGCCCAGAAUCCUUACUUCGAGGUGACUGAGCUGGCCGGGAUUCCGCGACUGCUCAAGGUUGUCUUGCCAGGCUGGCUUGAUCGAGAGCUCCUUGUGGGUCCAGCUGUACACGAGGGUGUCCUCAAGUACAGUCCACUCCUUGAGGAACCCCUCAGUCAUCUUGUGUACCUGCAGAGCGCCGUAUAUCGAGCAGCAGAAGAGGCAGGAAGCGGCAUCCUUGCGCUCUUUGACUCGAGCGACAUAAAGACCCAGCUUGAUGUCCAACGCCAGAGGAUCAAGUCCCUCAGCAAGAUCAACGGCCUCUACCAAAAGCCCCGAGAACCGCUGGCCACCACGACCAACACGGCAGGCACAAGCCGCGACUGGAAGAGGACAGUCGGAGAGGCAGCAUCCUCAUCUCGACUCGAUCAGUACCACUCAAAUCCUCUGCGCAAGCUUCCAGCAAGUUUGCAGAGCAAAGGAGAGCGGCGCGAGUGGUUUGCAUCCCGAGCAGAGGGGAUCGCAAUUGGACCUGCAGUGGGGGGCCACAACUCGUCGAUUGCCAACACCCAAAGAGCUGGAUUGGCACCGUCCACUUCAGAGGUUCGAGCAAGGUAUGCCUCAAAUCGUGCUGGAGGUGGAAGAGCAGCUCAUCGGGACACCUCUGCCUCAUAUCCCACCACCAUUCGCCAUCGGCCCACCAGCAUUGCCCCCCCUCUGCGGCUAAUCCGUCCUGCUCUGGUAGAUGCUCUCAAUGCCAUGGAUGCCAAUGGGGGACUCUCUGAUGGCAUCCAGACCGCAGACGCCCAACACUUGGCAAGAGUCCAUGAUUGGCCUGCCAGCAAGAUCACCCAAUACGUGCAAAAUCACUACAGGGAUGAUGUUGUCACUCCUAGACGCCCGACGGUGGUGAACAACUACAUGUCCCGUCCCCCUCCUCCCACACCAGAGGUAGCCGCCGCAGCAAUCAGGCGUAGUGAGGAGCAGGUGAUGUCGAUGCUCGACAGCCCGAAUCCUGACUAUGAGCUAUUGCUGGAUGUCGUUGCUAGCUUGCCCAGCGGAGCUUUUGCGCCGGGGCGAGACUGGCGCCAACCUCCAAGCUGA